AUGCACAAUACGAAAUCCAUUCCGACGAGUAGCAAAACUGCUGCGACAGGCACAACCGAAUUUACAUCUUUGUUGUCAAAAAGUUCGACCGUAGCUCCACGCAUCGAUCCUCGACGAUUACAGAAUGUCAUUCUCGUUUGGCUGGACAACAGUAUUGAUAAAAACUGUGCUGAUUGUCAACAUACAAUUUCACAAUUACGACAAGUUAUCACAAAUAUUAAUACAUUCACCGAUGCAGAUCAAUGCACGCAAUUUAUCCAAAAUAUUACCGAAAACAAGAUCUAUCUGAUUGUUUCGGGUACCAUCGGUCAACUUAUUGUUCCAUGUGUACAUGCGAUGUCCCAAGUCGACUCGAUAUUCGUGUUCUGUAGCAAUAGGAAAUUGCACGAACAAUGGGCUGGAGAAUGGCCUAAAGUCAAAGGAGUUUAUACAGGUAUUCCACCGAUCUGCGAUGCUCUCAAACAGUUAGUACAAGAACGUGAAUACAAUUCAAUUCCACUUAGCUUUCUCGCCGUAAAUUCUGCGGAUCUAAUAGAAAAAAAUUUCGAUAAUUUGGACCCGACUUUUGUCUACAGCCAUGUUUUGAAAGAAAUCUCUUUAGCGGUUGAAUUCAAUGAAAAAUCCAUCAAAGAUUUUCUUAAUCGAUGCUACGAAGCACUUUAUGACAACGAACGUGAAUUACGAUUCAUCGAAAAACUACGACGGCAUUACCGCGAUCAAUGUCCAAUUUGGUGGUAUACAAAUCGAUGUUUCCUAUAUCCAAUGCUUAAUCAAACAUUACGAGUAAUGGACAUUGAAAUGAUCAUGCCAAUUAGUUUCUUUAUCGGUGAUCUUCAUCGUGACAUUCAACGAUUACAUUUGAAACAAUAUACACAUGAUUACUCGAAUAAACCAUUUACAAUCUAUCGUGGGCAUGGAAUAACGAAAUCUGAUUUUCAACAGUUGAAUAAAACAAAGAAUGGCCUGAUUUCGUUCAACAAUUUUCUGGUCACCAACAAAGAUAUUUUAACUUCUCUUCGUUUCGCUCAACAAGUCGCCAGAAAUCCUGAUUUAGUCGGCGUACUUUUCAUUAUGACAAUCGAUCCAGCCCAGUCAACAUUACCAUUUGCAUUAAUAUCCGAAGUCAGUCAUACACACGCGGAAAACGAAAUUCUCUUCUCGAUGCAUUCCAUCUUUCGAGUACACGACAUUAAACCAAUGACUGGAAACAAUCAUAUCUAUGAAAUCAGAGUUACACUAGUGAGUAACAAUGAUAAAGAUCUACGUGCCUUGUAUGAUUGGAUCCGAGAAGAGACGUUUCCGGAUGAGAAAGGUUGGAACCGAUUGGCGAUGGUGUUCACAAAAAUUGGUCAAUAUGACAAAGCGGAAAAACUUUAUGAAAUACUCUUGAAUCAACCCAUGACAGAACCGCAAAGAGCAACGACAUUUCAUGAACUGGGACGUGUGAAAUACAGUCAAGGUGCAUAUAAAGAUGCGAUAAUGUAUUACCAACGAGCAUUAGAGAUUCGACAGCAAACUCUUCCACCAAAUCAUAUCGAUUUCGCCAGUUUUUAUAACAAUAUCGGACUUGCUUACAAAAGUAUGGAUGAUUACUCAAGUGCAUUGCUAUAUUAUAAGAAAGCGUUAGAUAUUCAACAGCAAUCUCUUUCAGGACAUCACUUAAAUCUGGGCGCGUCGUAUAAUAAUAUUGGUAAUUUAUAUGAUAAUAUGGGUGAUCAUAUAAAAGCGCUUGCGGCUCAUGAAAAAGCGUUGAACAUUCGACUACAAGAAUUGCCUGCUAAUCAUCCAGAUGUGGCAUUCUCUUACAAUAGUAUUGGAUUGUUGUAUGAUAAUAUGGGCGAUUAUCCAAAAGCGCUGGCAGCUCAUGAAAAAGCGCUUUACAUCCGUCAGGACUCUUCGUCGCCCAAUCAAACCGAUUUGGCUUCUUCUUACAAUAACAUUGGCAAUACGUAUGAUAAUAUGGGUAACUACGAAAAGGCACUUGCAUCAUACGAAAAAUCCUUAGAAAUCUUACAAAAAACACUUCCUGCCAAUCAUCCUGACUUAGCGAUGUCUCAUUAUAACAUCGCCUUAGUCUAUCAAAACAUGGGUAGCUAUUCGAAAGCUCGUCUGUUCUACGAACAAGCGGUAGAAAUCGGACAAAACUCUUUGCCUCCAAAUCACCCUCAUCUCGAACUUUAUCAAAAGAACCUUGACGAGAUAAAAAGAAAAUUAUAA